CUCAAAGAAGUCACGUCACACAAGAUUGAGCUCGAGCUUCCGCCUAAUCCAACCACAAACCCUAAGCUCACCUGUUGCUGGCGGCUCUCUCGACCUCUCCGCCGCUGCGACCUGUCGCAGCGCCACUUCGAUCUCGUCGAAACCCGCUUCCCAGUCAAACCCGGCGUUGACGAGUGCGCUGCGCGUCCUUUUCCGGCAGGCGAGAGACCGGAUAAUGGGAGCAUCAGCAGCUGCUGGUUUGCAUGUGGUGGUAGCAAGGCCUUGCGCCUCUUCUCCUGGGAGAAUGUUCAUGUCGAGGACUGCAUUUUCGAGGAUCAACCUGAAAGGAGCCAGUCAAGGAUUGGCAAACUCAUCAAGCAUAUUUUCGAUCCGAUCUCCUUGUGAGAGAUACUCAUCGAAGUAUUGUAGAGUUGUAACCAGGGCAAUGUCUGGGGAAAGUGAGGAAAGAACAGCAUAUGGAUUGCCCAUUGAUCUAAGAGGUAAGCGAGCAUUUAUUGCUGGAGUGGCUGAUGACAAUGGCUAUGGUUGGGCAAUUGCAAAGGCUCUUGCUGCUGCUGGGGCAGAAAUUCUUGUCGGGACCUGGGUUCCUGCACUGAACAUUUUUGAGACAAGCUUAAGGCGUGGCAAGUUUGAUGAAUCACGCCGAUUGCCAAAUGGUUCUCUUAUGCAUAUUGCCAAAGUAUAUCCUCUUGAUGCUGUUUAUGAUACUCCCGAGGAUGUUCCAGAAGAUGUCAAAACAAACAAACGGUAUGCGGGGUCCUCUAAUUGGACUGUUAAGGAAGCAGCUGAAUCCGUGAAGAAUGAUUUUGGAAGCAUUGAUAUCCUUGUGCAUUCUCUUGCCAAUGGACCAGAGGUAACCAAGCCACUUCUGGAGACAUCUAGAAGAGGAUAUCUUGCUGCUAUCUCAGCAUCAAGUUAUUCUUUUGUUUCCUUACUCCAGCACUUCCUUCCAAUAAUGAAUCCAGGGGGUGCUACGGUGUCUCUAACAUACAUUGCUUCUGAAAGGACCAUCCCAGGAUAUGGAGGUGGAAUGAGUUCAGCAAAAGCAGCUCUGGAGAGUGAUACCAGAGUGCUAGCUUUUGAAGCCGGAAGAAAAGGCCAAAUCAGAGUAAAUACAAUAUCGGCUGGGCCAUUGGGAAGCCGAGCAGCAAAAGCAAUUGGAUUCAUCGAGAAGAUGAUAGAUUACUCGUACACUAAUGCACCAUUGCAGAAAGAAUUGCUGGCAGAUGAAGUUGGCAACACAGCAGCCUUCUUGGUGUCCCCAUUGGCCUCAGCAGUGACUGGUUCUGUUGUCUAUGUGGAUAAUGGUUUGAACACCAUGGGACUUGCAAUUGACAGCCGGGCACUGGUAACACAAAAUUAGGAACAAGAUGAGUGGAAACCUCCAUUUUUCUCAUCUGAGGUGGUGUCAUUGAAACUUGGUACUGGAGCAACUAAAAUGUUAAAAUUGUUUUAGGUUUUAGAUUUUGUUGGUCGUCUGCAUGCUCUUUUUUUUUUUUUUUUUUUGAGCUUUUCAUGAACAUCUAAGUUGGUUGUGCUAGAUUUCAGUUUUUUUUUUCCCCCUUGAUGAGUAGGUCUGCUCUAUGACUAUGGCCAAUCCUAAUAAAUUUUACUUUUGCAA